GCCGUCGGCGCUUUGCUUACGAUGGCAGAUGGCACUCGUCCUCUAUAACUCGUCACAUCACCAUCAUACACGGCAUGCCUUCUGCUAUUGGCCACCAUCUCCAGACUCUCUGUCCGACGAAGACAGAUUUUGCUGCCGAUAAAAUUCCAGAUAUGUCUGGCAAGGUGGUUAUCGUAACAGGCGGUAAUGCAGGUAUAGGCAGAGAGACUGUUAGGGCACUGCUGGUGAAGAAUGCCAAAGUUUAUCUCGCUGCGCGAAAUCCGUCCAAGGCACAAGAGGCUAUCGAUGAUCUGAGAGAAUCAACAGGGAAGGAAGCGUUGUUCUUGAAGCUCGACCUCGCGGAUUUGAAGAGUGUCAAGGCUUCCGCUCAAGAGUUUCUCAGUAAAGAGACCCGACUGGACGUGCUAUUUAACAAUGGAGGCGUUAUGAUUCCCCCUAUCGAACAGCUUACAGCCGACGGAUACGACCUCCAGUUUGGAACCAAUGUUUUGGGACAUUUCUUCUUCACUCAGCUGCUCCUUCCGCUAUUGCUGUCUUCUGCCCAGAGUUCACCUGAUGGCAAGGUGCGGGUAGUGAACACUUCGUCGGCGGGACACUCGCUCGGCAGCCUUGACUAUGCGACGGUCAGAGACGGUCCAGAAAGAAAAAAGAAAGGAACGAUGAUGUUGUACUCACAGAGUAAAUUCGGUAACGUUGUGUUCGCGCUGGAACUCCAUAGGCGCUAUGGAGCUCAAGGCAUUGUGUCGACAUCACUGCAUCCGGGUUUAAUCAAGACAGAGCUACUAAGACAUGCCAGCAAGUGGAGUUGGAUAUCGGACUUGAUGUUAUACGAUGUCGCACAUGGUGCCCUCAAUCAACUUUAUGCUGGUACUGUUCCUGAAGCUGUUAACCUUGGCGGCAAGUAUCUCGUCCCAUGGGUCAAGGUCAGUUCUGCGAUUGAGAGCACGAAUGACCCUGAGGAAGGAAGAAAACUUUGGACGUGGCUGGAGGAGCAGGUCCGAGAUAUAUGAUAAUUGUAUCGCGGUUUGACGGUUCUGCUUCUUGGACGAAGUCAGCUGCAGAACGAUACAUAAUACAAGCACGUACAUAAUCCCUGAGUGUGUAAGAAUAUAAUAUAGAAUGCGCCCAUACCGGAUCAUAAUCGAGC